CGCUCAACAAGUUAUUAGGUUUUUAUUGCAGUACGUACCUGUAUAGUAUAGUUGCCGUUUUGAAUAGUACUUAACUUUGGGUAGAACGAAAUGACCAACCCUCGUGUAGUUCUGCUGUUUUCGGGGAAACGGAAAUCCGGCAAAGACUACCUAACGGAGCGGUUACUUGAAAGAUUGUCGACGCAGCGGGCCCAAAUCAUCCGCAUCUCGGAACCCAUCAAGCGGAGCUGGGCGGAAAAGUUGGGUCUGGAUCUCGGGCAGCUGCUGAGCGAUGGACCGUACAAGGAAAAGUACCGGCGGGAGAUGAUCGAGUGGAGUGACGAGAAGCGGUCUCAGAAUCCGGGGUUUUUCUGCAAACGUGCCUGUAUGCAGCUGGACCGGGAGAUCUGUAUCGUGAGCGACAUCCGACGGAAGACUGAUAUCGAUUAUUUCAGAGAAACUUUCGGAGAUAGGGUUCGAACGAUCCGCAUAGUGGCAUCGGAUGCCACCAGAAUAAGUCGGGGUUGGCAGUUCCAAUCGGGGGUGGACGAUGUGCAAUCAGAGUGUGAUUUGGACGAUUUCACCGGGUGGGAUUUGUUGGUUGAAAAUGAACCGGGUAGUGGGGUGGAGAAGAUUUUGAGCAGCAUUGAGGCCUUGUUAUGAAUCUCGUGGACGGUUUCUCGGAGGCAUAUUUUUAGAUAGGUGGUUCAAGGUAUUUCUCUAUAAUAAUUUUCUCCAAAGCUACGCUUAGUCUUAUUAUAUUUAUUUUGCAUCAUCAUUGUUAAGACAUAAAUAAUAAGAAAAUAUAUUUAGUCAUUUACCCUCUUGGUUUUUUCACGGGUCAAUAACGUUGUGUUUA